CACCUGACGACACCGUUUCCUUUUUAAGAUGCUCACGUCUGUUUUUUCUUUUUCAAUCAGACGAACAGAGUAAUAAUAAAUAAAUAAUAUACCACAAAUACAAACUAGUAUUGAAAAUUUAGAGAGUAAAUGGAAAUGGCUCUUCUCGGAUCCCACAUUCCAAGCGAGGUGGGGCUGCAGUUGCUUCUUUAUCCUCUUGGUUCUAACAUUGUAAUUCGAACCGCAUGCUGUUCUAUUGGGAUUGGUUUACCUGUGUACUCUACAUUCAAGGCAAUUGAGAGGAAAGAUCAAAAUGAGCAACAAAGGAUGCUUUUGUAUUGGGCAGCAUAUGGAUCUUUCAGCAUCGUGGAAGUCUUUUCUGACAAGCUGCUUUCCUGGUGUCCUUUGUACUACCACUUGAAGUUUGCGUUUCUUGUUUGGCUUCAACUUCCUUCUGCUGAUGGGGCCAAGCAAAUAUACGUGAAUUACCUACGUCCAUUCUUUCAGAGACAUCAAGCUAGAGUUGAUCACAUCAUGGGUUUUGCAUAUGGUGAAAUGGUUAAACUAAUAAGUGCACAUCAAGCAGAGAUUCAGUUUGUUAGGAACAUGCUUGCAAAGAUUAUGGGAUCAGCGGAUCAAAUGUUCAGGGGUUCUGUGACACCAGGUCAGCCACAACAGCACAGUGUAAUUGAGGGCCCAUUAAGAACAACCUCGGAUACUGGCUCAGAUCAUGAUGAUUGAUUGAUACCUUCCUGUAAAUAUGCAUAAUUCUGAAUCCUUUUUUCCCCAUUGUCAAGGUAGUUUUGUACUUAUCAGGAAGAAGAAGAAGAUAAGGCCUAUAGUAAGUCAAGCUUAUAGCUGGCAUCACACUUUCACAGUUUUAGACGUCACAAUUGUGCUAAAUUUUCUUGCAAGAUUUCAGACAAUUCGGUUGUUUCUUUUACAGGAAAUAGCUGGGGAUAAUGUUAGGCUUGUAUUGCACCUUUAGUGUACAUGUGGCUCUCGAAAAUUUGUAUCAAUGUGUUUUUGCCUGAA